GUAUCUUAAUCUGGGCUGUUUGGGGAAUUUUUAUCCCGUGGAUCCCUUGGUAUGCCUGGAAUGUUUGCUUUUCCUACUGUGUGCGUGUGUUUGAGGCACUCCUGUAAAAACAAGGGCUUCCUGCCUGCCUUGUAAAUCUCUCCUUGAUUGGCAGAGUGGCCUUUGGUGAUUAAUCAAGGGGCACGCCGAGCUGACGCCCUCCAGGAGCUCGCUCCUUGCAAAUCCCCAAUCCCCGGCGGUGGGAGACCUGGGAAGGGACCCCGGGAGCUGGCUGCUCUCCAGAGCCGUGUGGUGACAUCGGUUUUCGGUGUCUCGGCGUGCCCGGUCGCUGUUGAGGUCCCCCGGGACGCCCUUGUCGGGUGGAAACGUGGCUCUGCCGCCGGCACGGACGGACAUGAGGACGGCGGAGGACUCGAACGGCACGGUGCUGCACCGCCUGAUCCAGGAGCAGCUGCGCUAUGGGAAUCUCACGGAGAACCGCACUCUGCUGGCCAUCCAGCAGCAGGCCCUGCGCGGCGGCGGCGGCGGCGCCGGGAGCCCCCGCUCCUCCCUGGAGAGCCUCAGCCCCGAGGAGAGCCAGAUGGUGCAGCAAUCCACGCGGCAGGAGCCGCAGGGCCAGGAGCAUCACUCCGACCACGUCUACCUGGAGAACAGCGUCUACCGGCUGUGCCCGCCCAAGGGCGAGGAGCUGCCCACCUACGAGGAGGCCAAGGCGCACUCGCAGCUCCUGGCGUCGCAGCGGGGCGCGGCGGUGCGCGCCGAGAGCGGGGCCCGGCGGCCCGACGAGGGGCUGAAGGAGCUGAGGCACGGCCACGUGCGCUCGCUGAGCGAGCGGCUGAUGCGGAUGUCGCUGGAGAGGAACGGGGCCAAGGCGCAGAGCCCCAUCAGCGCUUCCCACAGCUUCCCGCAGCUCUCCCGGCAGCAGCUCGCCCCCCUGCGCGGGCAGCAGCCCGAGGGCACGGAGCCGCGGGGACCGCCCCCGGAGUAUCCCUACGUGAUCCCUUCCCAGGACGCUUACCUGGCUGAAGCCCGACCCUGCUCCCGGGAAGGUGCUGGGUUUCAGCAUCCUGAGAUCAGGGUGCUGCCCAGCUCGGUGCCAGCCGCGUUCCUGCCGCUGUGUCCGGGCGCGCUGGGGCCGGCCGGCGUGGAGGCGCUGGUCAGCGCCCAGGCGGUGUCGGCCGGCAGCCGCCUGGCCCGGGCAGACGCCGUGCUGCGGGAGAACGAGAGGCUCCAGCGGGAGAGCGAGAAGCUGCGGCGGGAGCUGGAGAGCUGUGCCGAGAAGGCGAGCCGCAUCCAGAAGCUGGAGAGCGAGAUCCAGCGCAUCUCGGAGGAUUAUGAAAACCUCGUCAAGGCGUCUUCCAAGCGGGAAGCCUUGGAGAAAGCCAUGAGGAACAAGAGAGAUUGUGAGAUGCGACGGCUGCAGGAUUUCAACCGAGACCUGAAAGAGCGGUUGGAAUCGGCGAACAAGCAGCUGGCCAGCAAGAACCAGGAAAACCAGGAGAGCAACCAGGGCAGCGUGGCCAAACUCCUGGCACAGAGCUACGAGCACCAGCAGGAGAAGGAGAAGCUGGAGCGCGAGGUGUCCCUGCUGCGCAGCGCCAACGAGGACCAGCGGCGGCGGGCAGAGCUGCUGGAGCAGGCGCUGGGCAGCGCCCAGGCGCGGGCGGCCAAGGCAGAGGCCGAGCUCCGCAAGAAGCGAGCCUACGUGGAGAAGGUGGAGCGGCUGCAGGCAGCCCUGGGGCAGCUCCAGGCCGCCUGCGAGAAGCGGGAGCAGCUGGAGCUGCGGCUCCGCACCCGCCUGGAGCAGGAGCUGAAGAUGCUGCGGGCUCAGCAGAGGCAGGCGGGCACCGCGGGCGCGGGGACGCCGGAGCUGAGCGCCCACACGCUGUCGGAGCAGCUGAGGGAGAGGGAGGAGAAGAUCCUGGCGCUGGAGGCCGACAUGACCAAGUGGGAGCAGAAGUACCUGGAGGAGUGCACCAUGCGCCAGUUUGCCAUGGACGCCGCGGCCACGGCGGCCGCCCAGCGCGACACCACCCUCAUCAGCCACUCCCCACGGCACUCCCCCAACAGCAGCUUCAACGAGGACCUUCUCCUGGCCAGCCACAAGCACCAGGAGAUGGAGAACAGGUUAAAAGCCCUUCAUGCCCAAAUCCUGGAGAAGGACGCUGUCAUCAAGGUCCUGCAGCAGCGCUCGCGGAGGGACCCCAGCAAAGCCCUUCAGGGCUCCCUGCGGCCGGCCAAAUCCGUGCCCUCCAUCUUCGCUGCCUCUGCUGCCCCAAGCUGGCCAGGGGCUGGCCAGAGUGAGCGGGCAUCCGAGGGCAGCUCCCGUGGCAGCACAGAGUCUCCCCCAGCAGGCAAAGCCACCACUGAAGGGACAGCAGUGUCCAGUGCCCUUCCCUUGCCAUCCCACUCAAAGCACGGCAGCAAGGACGGCAGCACGCAGACAGACGGAGCGGCCGGGAGCAGCGAGCAGGGCGAGGGCACCGCAGCUCUGGAGAGCUCGGCUGCUGCCAGAGCCCUGGACCUGUCAGACAUGGUGGAGAUCCUGAUUUAAAGCCACCCGGGGCUGCCCAGUGGCUCCCACACCCCUCCUGCCAGCACGUCGGGAUGGAGAAGCAUCUGGGAAGGAGGGGCCGAGCCGGGAGCUCAGCGGUGUCCCCUCAGCUGUCUCGGCAGUGACUGUGGCAGGGUCACUGUCCCCCUCAGUGCCCACACGGGUCCCUGGCUGCGCAGGGCGCGCUGGAGCCCGGGGACCCCGCCGUGGCUCCAUCCUGGCUCUGUCCCAACUUCAUCCCCAUCCCAGCUCCCACUUCUGGGUCUUGGCCAUCUGCACCCACCCAGGUGCUUGGGUUCUGACUGCAAAAUCCCUCUCUGAUCACCCGAACUGUGCCCACAAGCUGGAGUCUCUGCACCAGGGCAGAGCUGGGAGGGCUCCUCUGUGGGUCCCCUCGACCACCCCCAUCCACGUGGCCAAACCAAGCACUGGGAGCACCAAACUUCCAUCACCCGCACCCUGCCUGUCACGGGUGGGUGAGAGCUUUGUGAUGGGGUGACAGUGAAACAAAAAUGACAAUGGAGGGGAUGAAGGGUGGAGGAAAAGCAGAGGUGAAAGGCUCCGAGGGUGCUGAUGGAGGCAGGGGGAUGUGCCACUCUUCUCCUGGCUGCAUCCCCCGGCUACUGGCAGCUGGCUUCUGCCCGUAGCCAGCACCAACAUCCUGCUCCUUGGAGCUUCCCAUCCUCGCCCUUCGUGUAAAUAUAUAUAUUUUUCUUUAUUUCUUUCCCCUUUCAACAUGUGCAUUUGCUGGCCAACUGCAUUUUUUAUUUUUCUCUCCCCAGACAUGUAAAAAAUGCGUUCGGUUCUCGUGCAUUGUUUACAAAAUGGAAAAGAAACAAAAAAUUAUGAAAGAGGAAAAAAAAACCCCAACCCCCAUGACUUAAUAUAUUUUAUAUUAAUAUUGGUAUUUCUUUUUAAGUAUUUUUUUCGUGCUGUGAACUUUUUUUCCUGCCAAAGACGACAAGUUCUCGUUUGUGCGUUUUAAGUUAUCUUUAAGUAUUUAAACAUAAACCUGGCUGUUUCGUUAUGCCACCCUAUACCGAGAUUGCUGUAGCAUUCCACUUGGUAUAACAAUAUUUUAAUAAAAAAACCCAAAUAUUGA